AUGAGAUUUUACGAAAAUGCUGCACAAAAUUGGGUGAGGGACAACUUUUCAUCCAUUCUUACCAAAAAUGCAAACUACAUAACCAUGGUUGGUGGAAAAUCAAAAUCGAACGAGCUAGACCGUGAUUCCCCUUCCACAUUGCCAUUUACGAAUGAAAACUCACUUGAACCUUACCAAAUUCUAGAUGCAUUCACUGUCUGUUUCAAACACAUUCUUGAUUCUCAUGAAUUGGACUCCUUCAUUCAAAAGGUGAAAGGUGAUUUAUACAAUAGGGACUAUAUCGCUGCUUUCAACGAUGACAACAAGAGGUUUGGAUAUGCGGCUAGGUGGAGCCCCUCAAGGGCAUUGGCUUAUGCCUCGUUGUUUUCCAACUUGGAACCAAUUACAGAAUUGUUACAGGAGUCUGAGAAGGUGAAGCGUGUGUUGUGUGUUGGAGGCGGUGCAGCUUCAGAAAUAGUGGGGUUGGGCGCCGUUUACUGCAGACUCAAGGAGUUUCAUCCAAACUCUCCUUCGCGAUUGGAUAUUGACGUUGUCGAUAUCGCAGAUUGGACAGUGGUGGUGAAUCAACUUACGAAUUAUGUGAAACAAAACUGGGUGUAUAAGGAACAUAACUUUAAUACGCAAUUCAAGCAUGAGGAUAUCUUAUCGACCAAAAUUGAUGACUUGGCGUCUUUUGAUUUGAUCACAUUGCUUUUCACUACUAAUGAGUUGUUUGCAGAGAAGAGGAAAGAGACAAUAAAGCUUUUACAAACAUUGAGUACCGGUUGCAAAAGUGGUACUCUUUUGUUGAUUGCUGAAAGUGCUGGUUCCUUCUCCCAUAUUACCAUAGGAAACAAGCAAUUCCCGGUGCAGUUUUUGAUUGACACUAUUUUAGUUGGUAAACAAGGCGAGGGAAACGGGUCGUGGGAAAUCAUUUCCGAAAAAGAGAGCAUUUGGUACAGGAUUAACGAAAGAGAGGUCACUUACCCACUAAAGCUAGAAAACAUGAGAUUUUUUUACAGGCUAUAUAGAAGGAAAUAA